AUGCGUGGGCAGCCAGGCGAGCUGGAUUCCUAUCGGGGCGAGGGUGGCACGGUAUAUCCCUUCUACACUGCCAACGAGCAGUCGUUUGACGACGACGACACUCCACCGCCAACGCCAAUGUGGAGCAACCUGCCACCACCCGCGCCGCCAGAGACGGCUUCCCGUUGGAAGGCCGUGCGCAAGCAAAUCUCGGUGGCGGGGCGCUUCUGGUCGGCCGGCCAGGAUCGCGCCGAGGAAGCCGCCGUCUCAGCGCUCUCGGAACUGCUGCAGGGGCUCGUGGCGCAGGGCGCACUGUCGCUCGAGCGGCGGCUGGUUGAGCACCGCGACACGCCGCCGGGCGCGGUGUGGCCGCACGGCUGGCCGCCGCGCUACACGCAGCGGAGGCACCUCGCGACCGUCUUCUCCGCCUCAAACUACGCGGGCAAGACGCUCAACAAGGGCGCGUACGCACUGCUCGGCGCGACCGGCUCGCGCCUCUCCGACCCCGCCUUGAGGUUGCGGUUCGUGUCCUUCGACGCGGAGGAGCUGCCGCGGCUGCGCGUGUCGCAGCGGCGCCACCAGCUCGUCGCGUCCGCCGUCCUCGCUCAGCGCGAUGAGCUGCUGGCUGCGUACCAGGCGGCCGACUGCCACCCUUAA